AUGAUACCCACUGUUAAUACCUUUCUCUUUUAAGUCGCAGUUUGUUUAUACAUUACUGAAGACGCGUUGGGAUAGAAGCAAAUUGCUUUAAACUGAACAGCACUUUCAGACAGCGCCAACUCCAGCGCCAACUUCGAUAGGCAUCAUUGGCGUUCUUGUGGCACGUUUAAUCAAACCUUGUCGAAAACAAAUAGCAGCGAAUGCCACCUCGAGGUCGAUCAGCCACCCAGCAACAUGACAACGAUGGAGCCGGUCCGAGCAGCUCAGGUCUAACUUUCCCGGAGUACGUGCCAUUCGCCAUUACUCAAUCAGUACUCGCGGAGGGAGUAAUACCAGAAGAUGAAGUCAAGGCCAUGAUACGACGACUGACCAACCGCACCAAUGACGAUGCAUUCGCCCUGGUGCUCCGGAAGGUCCAAGCGGAUGUGAAGUUCCUGGACAUCGGCAUCGAGCGAGUCAAGCUGCCGGCGAACAAGAGCUGGUACCUGUGUGCCAUCAACAAGGAUGCGGACGAGUCCUCCAAGCUGAUGGGCUCCAAAUAUAACGCAGAGCAGAUACAGUACUUUAAAGCAGUGUUGGAGGCCAUCGGCAAGGCCGCCCCGCCCGAGGAGGGCCUCAUAGCGCAGGUGGGCCGCAUCGCACUCGUCAACGUGGACCCGCUGCGGGAGCCGGCGGGGGCGGGGGCGGCGGGCGAGGGCGGCAGCCAGGCAGCGGGUGCUGCUGCGCGGGGCGGUCGCAAGCUGAGCAUGGUGGACAAGGGGGAACUGCUGAAGGGGUUCGUGCAGGACGGCUGGCUGCAUGAGCCGCGGCAGGGGUACUACACCAUGGGGCCCCGCACUCUGUCCGAGCUCAAGGACUACGCCCUGUCCGUGCUGCACCCCGAGGUGGCGGAGGAACUGCAGCGGGACUACAUGUAGGGCUGGAGGCGGAGGUAGCAGCCGGGGGGGAGGGAAGUGAGGAGGAAGAAGGAGGGCAGGGCAGGGGAGGCGGCAGCGAGGACGGACUGGACCUGUGUGGCAGCAGAAAACUGGCGCUGAUACGGCUGUGCGGGACGUUGCUGGAGUUUUAACCGUGCUAUCAGAAGCUGCGAGCUGAUGCCGACCAUGCAUUUCGGAAGAUGGAGAAUCCUCACAGGACCCGCAUGGUGGUGUUGACUACCGAGGUUGACAAUCUAGGCUCCUAUUAUAAAAUACAAUAUACGAGGUACAAGAGAUAUGCACGAUUGCUGCCGCUGCUGCUUCCUGCUGUAACGUACAUCAUGCC